AUGACCUCCCAGACGUUUGUAAUCUCGCCUGUGCUAGCGAUGAAGGAUCGAAUCUUUACAGAGGACUCUGCUUCUGCUCAAAAAUUGCGCAAGUUUGAGCAGAAAAUGAUUACAUCGAUCAUUAACGAGGCAUGCCAUGACACUGUCAAUGACGAUCAAGUUGACUUGGACCCCUUGGAGUGUAACACGAUGGUCAAAUAUAUGCUUAUCCAGACAUGUGGGGAUGGAGAAAAAAUAGUGGGAUCCGACAUUGUGAACCUUCCGCUGAAGUUUCCACAGUUGAGAAUAGCCUCCAUUCCAUCGCUUGCCAGUUUUAUCAAUCGGAGGCACGACAUGUUUAAACGGCAUCGUGAUCUUCUCGAAAAACUUUUUGAACACGAUGACUUCGCAAGGGAGUUGAGUUUUGACGAAGAGACUGACGCUACAAUCGUGGAACAAUACGUCCCUAAUGAAAUGAUGCGUGCGAUGACAUUCAGCUGUAAGCGCACCGUCAAUCAAAAGAUAGGAAGGUGGAGCAUUACGUCAAAGAUUGGUACAUGCCAAUUUUCAGCGAGACAACUCAUUAGAUCGAUACGCACGGAAGAGUUAGACUGGUCCGUCCAAGCCGCUGCUAUCAGAGCUAUCUCAGCUUGCAUGGCAUCAUGUGGAGUAGCUUGUGUUCGGCAGUGCGUCGAGUUGCAAGCAUCGUGUGGCAGCUUCUUUCGACUAGAAAUCAUGUUUUCUCCACGCGCUCCAUCGCCUUCGCACGCAAUGGCUACAAGCACUGUCAGGAUGAGGGAGGCUGAAGAAACAGAGAGCAGCAGCUCAAAAUUGCAGGCUGUGAACAGAAGCGUCAUCAAGACUGAGGGAGGUUGCUCAAGGUACGAUGUUGUACGCUCUGGUGCCUCCAGCCUGUACACAUGUGCGAAGAAAAUCAGCACUGUGCAUGUGGAGAAUCAGGUCAUGCGCGAAAUCCUUCGGAUGCGAGAGAACCAAUCGGAAGAGUCGGGCCGCUUGACGAUGCAGCACAAAGGUCGUUACCUCAAGAGCGAGACCCUGCUUCAUACGCUCAACGAGGAGCUAAGGAUUGAGCUAACUCCGCUCGAGCUGAGAGAGGCCGAGUGUUGGAUCGAAGCAUGUCUGUCAAAGCAUGAGCUAAAGCUUUCUUGCUUCAGAGCCAAGAUGCAAUCCGACUACCUGCAGGAUGUCGCCCAGCUCUCGACAGUCUCAGCAGACAUGGUUUUCACUUUGCAUUGCGCCAUGCCCUGCAUCACUCCUGCUUUUCAUGGGCGGGAGAUCUCAUUGCAAUUGCAGAACUUCUGGAAGUUGAACCUGCAUACCAUGAUCGUUCUGUCAUGA